AUGGAGUCGCUAGAGAGGUUUGCUGGGAUUGAGCCUGUCAAUCAAGGACAGACCCCUCAUGGUACUGCGGGCGCGUCGGACUCUCAGAUCCUGACGGUUCCUUUUCUAAAGUUACCCACAUCUACAGUAUUCACUGUACCACCAGCGGUACCACCUGCGACAGACCCGACCCCUCCACCCACAGUGCCUGUUGUUAUGAACUCGACACCUCCUCCAGCUGUGCUUACGACGUACCCUGCACCACCGCCACCUGUGCUUGUUACUGCAUACAUGGCACCCACACCAGAAGUACCAGUUCUUUCUUAUCUGGUACCACCACCUGCUAUACCUCUAGUCGCUCCUGCCCAUAUUGACCUUGUAGUGCCACCAGCGGUACCUGCUCCAGCUUAUGCAACACCACCAGGGGUACCUUCCUUGACCUAUCCAGCAGUACCACUUGUAGUACCAGUUCCAGUGGUUCUGUCAGUUCCAACGGUGAUCCCUACUCACCCUAUUGAUAUGAUUGCGGCACGAGCCCGGAUCCCAACCUUGGCAGAGUCGGUGAAAAGUUGA